ACGCUCCCCUCUCCUUCCUCUCACACACGCAGCUCGCUUGAACUAACCUCACCAGAGCAGUUCUCGGUCAAGUAGUGUAGAGAAAAGUGAGCUGACACAUCAGUGGGUCUUUUCUUAGAGCCCAACAGGCUCAAACAAGGCUUGUUACCUUAUUCUCAAAGGUACUUGUUAACAGAGACAGCGACAGGUUGAUGGGAGGACAGACAUGAGGACAAACUACCUUCUUUCAUCACACACCCUGUCCUCAGGACCAAGGCAGAGGCAGUAGGCCAGUGGCUAGAUGUUCUUCUCACUGAAGACCCAAAGACUUGGUUUGCUUUAGGCCUGCUUGCUCUAGUGAUUUGGAGUGACCACUUUUUGUCACUCUGUCUUCGGAAUACACUGAUUUCUCAGGAGAAGGGGUUUGUGUACAGCUUUCCUCCUGGAUUACUUGUGGAGAUUAGUGAUGGGGAAUGCGGCUGCAGGGGGCUUGGAGCAGGAACCGACUGAGGGGCGAGAGGCCAGGAACUCAGUCGGGGCGGCUUCGGGAGUGAGUGACCACACACCAGCCUUACCGAAGAAGCAGCCUGCUCCCCCCAAACUGCCUAUGCCCCCAGAGGAGGAGCUGGAGGAGCGCUUCAACGUGGUGCUGAGCCACAUGAACUUGCCCCCAGAUAAACUGAAGCUACUGAGUCAAUAUGAUAAUGAGAAGAAGUGGGAAUUAGUCUGUGAUCAGGAGCGUUUCCAGGUGAAGAGUCCCCCAUCCACAUACCUGUCCAAGAUCAAGAGCUUUUACCAGGAUCAAGGAGGGGUGUCUCGCAGGCUGAAGAAAAGGAUCCAAGAUGCAACUCAGGUCCUUAAAAAUUUGGAGAUAUCACUUCGCACCAAUCACAUUGGAUGGGCCCAGGAGUUCCUCAAUGAGCAAAAUAAUGGUUUGGAUGUUCUGGUGGAAUACCUGUCCCACGCACAAAGUGACGCCUCGUUUGAGGUGGAAAGUGUUGAAAAUGGCGGCACCAUGUCUGACAGAGGAAAGCCCGCAGAGAGGUCGAUGGAAGAUUUGACCAAGAGCUCCAGUAGCUCUCAUUCACAUGGGAUGACCAGAGCUGCUCGUGCGCUGACUGUAAGAAUAAGCUCCACUCUGGGGAACAAAAUACAUAAAAAGUCCCAUUCAUCCAACCAGAGAGAUGAUGUACAUGUGUGCAUAAUGUGCCUGCGAGCCAUCAUGAACUACCAGUCUGGUUUUAACCAGGUGAUGACUCACCCGCGCUGUGUGAACGAGAUCACCCUCAGUCUCAACAGCAGGAAUCCCAGGACCAAAGCCCUUGUGCUGGAGUUGCUGGCUGCCGUGUGUCUCGUCAGAGGAGGACAUGACAUCAUUCUCUCUGCUUUUGACAACUUCAAAGAGGUGAGCAAAGAAAGGAACCGCUUUGAGAAGCUGAUGGAGUACUUCAUCAAUGAUGACAGCAACAUUGACUUCAUGGUGGCUUGCAUGCAGUUCAUAAACAUUGUGGUCCAUUCAGUGGAGAACAUGAACUUCCGUGUCCAUCUACAGUACGAGUUCACUCACCUUGGAUUAGACAAGUAUCUAGAGCGUCUGAAGGAAACAGAGAGUGAGAAGCUGCAGGUCCAGAUCCAGGCCUACCUGGACAAUGUGUUAGAUGUAGGAGCCCUGCUGGAGGAUGCUGAGAACAGAGGGGGGGUUCUGGAGCAUGUGGACGAACUGCAGGAACACAAUGUACAGCUGAGUGCCCGGCUUCAAGAUAUUGAGAAUCAGAUGACAGGGCGAAUAUCUGAACUUGAGACUCAGCUCAUGCAGGCGACCAAGGAGACCGAGCUGCUCAAAGAAAGCCUGCGAGAAUCCUGUUCCCAGGUUAGUGCUUUGCAGCAGAGAGAAAGAGAGCGGGAGCUGGACAGGGAGAGGGAGAAGGACAGGGAGCGCCUGAGCACCUCUGCCCCUCAGACCACCUCAGAGCUGGAGCAGAAGAUCCAGGAGCUGCAGGACAAGGGGCUAAUCCGACUGGGGCGGAGUGCCUCAGGAGGUCUGGACAUCCAGGUUGUUCCUGUCACGGUGGUCGAAUACAUCCAAACUCCGGCCCUGGCCUCAGCCACUCCACCUAGCGCUCCAAGCCCUGCUGAUUCAGCCCCCCCAGCAUCUAGCCCCGCUGCCUCUGCCCCUCCCCCACCUCCUCCCCCUCCGCCCCCACCUCCUGGUGGUCCAGGGGGGAUUGCCUCUUCAAAUAUUGUGCCCCCACCUCCCCCUCCACCUCCUCCUCCUGCCGGAGGAGGCCCACCACCUCCUCCUCCCCUACCUGGUGCUGGACCCCCACCUCCUCCUCCCCCACCUGGUGCUGGACCCCCACCUCCGCCUCCCCCACCUGGUGCUGGGCCCCCACCUCCGCCUGGUUUUGGACCCCCGCCACCUCCUGGAGCUGCAAACACUCAGUCUGGGCUUAAGAGCAAGCAGCCCAUUCAGACCAAGUACAGGAUGCCAUUGUUAAACUGGCAGCCCUUAAAACCAAACCAGGUGACAGGCACCGUCUUCACUGAGUUAGAUGACGAACAGGUCUUAUCGGAGUUGAACAUGGAGAUGUUUGAGGAACAGUUCAAGACUAGGGCCCAGGGUAAUCCAACAGACCUAUCCAAUGUGAAGAAAAAGAAGGUGGCCCAGAAGGCCCCCAGCAAGACAUCCUUGAUUGAUGCCAACAAGGCCAAGAACCUUGCCAUCACUCUACGCAAGGGAGGAAUGAACCCAUCCAAAAUCUGCACCGCCAUAGAGACGUAUGACCAGGAGUCUUUGUCCAUAGACUUCCUGGAAUUGCUCGAGCCCUUCAUACCAUCAGACUUUGAGAUGAAGCUGCUGCUUAACUAUGAGAAGGAUGGCCGCCCAUUGGACGCGCUAACUGACGAGGACCAGUUUAUAUUACGCUUUGGGAAGAUUCCUCGUUUGACUCAGCGAAUCAACACUCUCACUUUCAUGGGCAACUUCCCGGACACUGUCAAACGCCUGCAGCCGCAACUGGACACCAUCAUUGCUGCGUCCAUGUCCAUCAAGUCUUCAACCAAACUGAAAAAGAUCUUAGAGAUUGUUCUCGCCUUCGGUAACUAUAUGAACAGCAGUAAGAGAGGUGCAGCGUAUGGUUUUCGGCUGCAGAGUCUGGACCUUCUGUUGGAGACCAAAUCUACAGACCGCUCACAGACGCUACUUAACUUCAUCACUAGUAUCAUCCAGGAAAAAUACCCAGACUUGGCCAACUUCCACACCGAGCUACGCUUUGUGGACAAGGCCGCGCUUGUAUCCCUGGAUGGCAUUCUUCAGGAUAUUCGUGCAUUAGAACGAGGGAUGGAAAUGACUAAAAAGGAGUUCCUGGUGCAGGAUGACAGCCUGGUGUUAAAGGAAUUUGUCAAAAAGAACAGUGAGCAGCUGGAAUCUCUGGUCAAAGACAGCAAGACAGCACAGGAGGCUUACGGCUCUGUGGUGGAGUAUUUCGGAGAGAACCCGAAAACCACGCAGCCUUCCAUGUUCUUCCCAAUGUUUGGGCGUUUCAUAAAGGCCUACAAGACAGCACAGCAAGAGAUUCAGCAGAAAAAGAAGAUGGAGAGUGAGAGCAGUGAGGAAAAAGAGACAUCAUCUCCCAACAAAGCUGGGGCACAAAAGGGGCCAAUGAUGCCUAAAAUGCCCCAGAUGGACCUGAUAGCAGAGCUGAAGAAGAGGCAGGUUAAACCGCAGGUGCGCGAAGGGAAGGACGGUGCUCUGGAGGAUAUCAUCACAGAUUUGAGAAACACACCAUACAGGCGGACAGAUGGUCGACGGCCAGCCCAGCGCCAGGACACUUGAGCCACUUCUGGUCCAAGGCUUCUUUACUUCCCAAAUGUAACUGGAAUCACAGUCAAGCAUACAGACAAAACAACAAUUUUUUAAGCGUUCUGUAUAUACAGUAUAUCAAAAUAUAUAAUUAGCCAUAUGGCAUUGUGUAUUUUUGCCAAGAUUUUAGUGUGAAUUUGUUCUGUAAAUAGAUUUAAGCUGGAACUAUUUGAUAUUUUUAAUGAAACAGUCCAUGAAUUUGAUUCCAAAUCUUGCUAAAAACAUUGUAAUUAUUUCAGUGGUGCCUUAUGUCUACCUAUUACAUAAAAAAAACCCAUGACUUCAUUUUAAAAUAAACCUAUUUUUUAACCACU